CCAAGGUGAUCUCGGUGACCUGAACGCCGCCGUCGCCGCCACAUGCGUCUAACAAUCCAUCGGGGUGAAAACAUCGGCGCCCAAGACCAAGAAACUUCCUUCGACACCUACGUCCGCGUUGUGUAUGAUGGGAAGGAAGUUGGCAUUACGCACGUUGUCCGUCGGGCUGUGAGCCCUGUAUGGGACAUGGAGUUGUGGGUGCCUCUCCAAGAGUCGUGGGAUAUGAACGUGGCGUUCAUUUCGUUCGACGUCAAGUGCAGUGACGACUCGGCCCACGGAGAGUGCCUUGCAUCAUGUCGUGUCAAUUUGUCGCUGAUGCAAGGCCCCAAGGAACCGACGCAAGUCAAGUGUCAGUUGAUUCGCGGAUCAACAGUGCGGUGCGGCUGGCUAUACAUCAGCAUGCAGAUGGAAGAGGCCGAGGUGUUGCUGUUCUCAAAAGCCAAGCGCGUCGACGUCCGCGACGUACUACCGCCGCACAACGAGCGCUUCCAGCACCACUACGCGCCGAUUCCCCGAGUCUGGCAUCCGUUGCACGACUGCGUUGUUCCGUCCAACGAGAAGAUCUUGUACAUGGUCGAAGAAGUGUCGCUGACGUUUCACGUAACGGAGGGUAACCAGGGGGUGCUGGCGCUCAUGGUGGUGACCAACUUCCGUCUCUGGUUCAUUCCGUACGCCCCCGUGCAAGGACUCCACCACGAAGACGUGCACACCAUUCCACUCGGGAAGAUUGCCAAGCUGACGCAGACCCAGUCGAAGCAGAAACAGUUCACUGUCCAUGGCCUCACGAUGGAAAACAUGGACGCAUCACUGUACUCGGUGACGCUCAACGCCCGCCUCCGCGCCGGGGAUUCAGAGGCGAAGCGAGUGCGUAUGCUCACGCACAUCGUGAACGAAAUCGAGUGGCUCCAAAUGGAAAACAACUUUUGCGCGUUCACAGACCUCAACAUCGUCGAGUCCCAUCCAGAAGCGAACGUGACGACGGAACAUCCCGUCGGCAUCAGUCCCAUGACGAAGCGGUCGUUCCUGUCAGAUGGAGCAUCGGCAGGCGCGCCUCCCCUACUGUACGAACAUUCCGACAAUUUCGAGCCGUUCAUUCGAAAUCGUGUGGUUGACGUGAACAGGCGGCGAUCGCACACGUCGUCGUUCGACCAGUCCCUGCAACUUCGACUUGCAAGUCCGACGGCCACAAGUGCUGCCAACAAGCGUCGUAUUCGGUACGAUCCGCUGGCAGAAUUUUCUCGGCAAGGCGUGUUCAGCCAUCCUGCGUGGCGCCAAACAACGGUCAAUGCCCACUACGGUUUAUGCCCGUCGUACCCGAGCUUUCUUCUUGUGCCGGCGUCCGUCCCCGACGACAUUCUUGCUGAAGCAGCCCGGUUUCGGUCGAAACGUAGACAUCCUGCGCUCACGUGGCUCCACCCGCGCACAGGCGCCCCACUGUGCCGCAGCAGUCAGCCCAAGUCUGGCGUCCUCCGCACGAGCAGCAAAGAGGACCGUGACCUCCUCUGGGCCAUUCGAGACGCCGCGUAUCCUGUCGAUGGCCGGUCCAAGCAGUCGACACUGGUGCACAUCGUCGACUGCCGACCCGAAAUCAACGCCAAGUCGAACGCCCUCGCAGGAAAGGGCCACGAGUCGGCCAAGCACUACGACCGCGACGGCUACCCCUGCGCGUCUAUUGCGUUCAUGGGAAUUGACAACAUCCACGUCGUGCGCGCAUCGUUCAACCAGCUCAGUCAGGCGCUGUAUCAAGUGGACGACGCCACGUUCCACAGCACCCUCCAGAAGAGCCGGUGGUUGGAGCACAUCAACAGCAUCUUGGCGGGGGCCGUCGAGGUGGCAUCGCACCUCGAGCGCGGUGAUGCGGUCCUGGUGCACUGCAGCGACGGGUGGGAUCGCACCGCACAGCUGUGUGCCCUGGCGCAGUUGAUGCUGGAUCCGUACUUUCGCACGAUCGAAGGGUUUGCGACCCUCGUGGAGAAGGACUGGUGCAGCUUUGGCCACAACUUUGCAAAGCGGUGUGGGUUUCCCGUCACGGACGACACGUCGCCCGUGUUUCAGCAAUUUCUGGACGCCGUGUACCAACUGACACUGCAAUUUCCAACGCAUUUUCAAUUCAACGAAAUGUUUUUGUCGUCGGUGGCCGACGCUGUGUACUCGUCAUGGUUUGGUACGUUCCAGAAGAACUGCGAGGCGGACCGCGCCGCGUUCCUGUGCGCCGUGCCGACGAUCAGCGUGUGGGAUACCAUUCGCGCUUCCACUGACAUGUACCGGAACCCGCUGUACAACACAGACACGGACGACGCAAUGGUCCCGGUCUGCCGCGUCCGCCUCAUGCAAUUGUGGGCAAGCCAGCACCAGAAAGCCAUCAGCCAUAUGCGUCUGCAGCAGCGCGAGGUUGAGAUGCUGGCGCUGAUCCGCCAGCAGGAGCGAGAAUUAACGCGACUGCGGGAUUUACUCACUCCCGAGCAACAUCUAGAGGUCAAGAACGCCCAGCUGCGGUCGGAAAUCCAGCGGCUCGCGCGGAAAAUUGCAAUUCACCACGAGCAUCGCCUAUCGUCUAGCGUCUCGUCGACCCCCACGACGACCCCAGAAAAAGCCAAGCUGCUACGCCGACUCACCACAACCGUUGCGAGCCCCACGCACAGCGCUCCCGUCCACGGCGCGUCGUCGUCGUCCCUUGGCCCACCUUCCUUGCAACCAGCUGACUUGCAUCGAACGCGCAGUGGCAGUGGCCGAGUGAAGCAAGGACUGGCUGCUCUCCUGACGGGACGACCACAGGUCAACGACAUCACGACCCUUCGCAACGAGUACCAAGACUUAACGAGGCAUCUGGAAUCCAUGCGAUCCAUAGCAAGGUCUCUCGAUGAAGAUGCGUAUUCGACGAUGCAGCAAUUGCGCUUUCAAAACUACAACACCCCCCUCGAAGAAGGCACGGUCGCCUCGGAACCUAUCAAACAAGCUGAAGACACGCAGACAAGCACGUCGUUCAUGUUGUCGCCGUCGUACUUUAACGCAAGCACUGCGCCACCGCACAUGAACCCUGUCGUGACGGCGGCGCUCUCCACGUCAUUCACGACGGCCACCCGCCCCCACGUCAGCCUCUUGGCCAUGACCGACUUCAACGCGCCUCCGCAGUCGGCAAAAGGGCCGCGGCCUCACUCGAUGUCCACCUCCCGCGCGGGCAACUCGAACGUCCAGCCCGUGUGGGAGCUGGACAAAGACGCUGCGUGCUGCAAACAGUGCAAGAAAAAGUUUAUUGCCGUCGUGCGCAAUCGCCACCACUGCAGGUGCUGCGGCUACGUCUUUUGUGGCAAGUGUACGAGCCAUCGCAUGUCCUUGCCCGAGUUUGGGUACUUUGAAUUGGUGCGAGUGUGUCGCGUCUGCUUCAACUCGAGUGGUGGCGCCGACGACGUGUUGCAGGAGGACUUUACGUUCACUCGAACGAGCUGACCGAGGAGCGACCUGUGUCAUGGCAAAGCUGCAGGGCCAUGCAGGGAACGCCGUGGGUGUGUCCACAUCUAACCGAGACUGCAGUGCUGCCUUGUUUGAGAUAGUUUGGCAUCGCUGUCGAGUGCGAACGUCGCAAGAU